AUGGAUGAAACGCACUUUAAAAGAGAGUUCGAGUUCGCAAGGUCCUCAAAGUACUCGGAACUCUACUCGAGUUCAAUCGCAAUCGGAUUCAGCUGCUUCAGCUUCUUCCUAGUGGGACUGUCAAUAGCGCUGGUCUACGUGCUGAGCGACAUGGACUACUUCAUGCUCUCAGGAGUUUUCAGAGCACAGAGGUUCUUCUCAGACGACCCGUACUACUUCACGAAGCAAGUAGUGCUGGUGUACGGAUUCAUCGGCUUCUUCUCAACGAUGGUGAUCGGGCCCAUAGGAAGAAACUCGUGCAUAGCGUGGUCGUGGGUGCUUACCUUCAUGUACAUGACGAACUGCAUGAUCGUGUACGUCUACAAGUUCACGCAGUACGGAACACUGAUCAUGAGAAGCAUCACGAUGCUGUCGCUCGUGUCGCACGUGCUCGUCUGCAACUUCAUAUUCUUCCUCUUCGACCCGAACAUGAGCGGAAGCGACUGUUACACGUUCCACAGAGUAAUGUCAUUCGUGAUCGGAUGCUUCGUGGGCCCUGCAAUCGUGUCAUUCACACUAUUCAGGUCAGGGCUGUGCAUCACAGGCACGUUCGUGGACAAGGACCCGAUGAUGUCAUCAAUGGACCUGUGCAGGAUCCUGCUGAUAGCCUCAUUCAUCUCGCUCAUGAGCAGCCUGUGUAUCACGCUGCUGCUCACCUACGAGUACAACGGAGGGAAGAAGCACGACAAGCUCAUGUGGGCGCCAAUAGCGAAGAUUCCGCUGAAGGUGGUGAAGAAGACGAUCUUUCACGUGCUGAACCUUGAGCUGAUGGGAGUGGUGUGGAUGAUCAACCCGUACAUGAUGUCGCUGGUGCCGUACACCACGAACAUCCACUUCGACUUCCACAGACUCUCCUUCCUGCACAAGAUGGUAUUCUCAGUGCUCUUCAUCGUGUUCCUCGUGGUGAUGCACCGCGACUUCUCGUACAGCUGCGUUAAAGUGCUUAAGUCGAUAAACAUGGCGAUUUUCGACAUUUUAUUCACGGAAGGGUUCACGCAGACGAACGACGAGCACCUGAAGAAGACGCCAUUCUCGAACACGCCGUACCCGAACUACCUGGACCCCAUCUUUGCAGAGAGGAAUAAGAAGGUACCAAACACCACGACCAUUCCGAACCUGGUGUCGUACCACUUUACGCUCGAAAACUGGGACGACAAGGAGAACGAGGACAAGAAGAUGCUGAGCACGUGCUCCACGAUGCUGACGGUGCUGGAUAAGUUGGAAAACUACCUCAAGUACGGCUACGAUUUUGACCUGUGUAACCUGAUAGACCAGGAGCUGUCGUUCAAGCUCUGCAGCGUGAAAAAGGACCCGGAGCACCUGAAGACCGCGGCGUACCUGCUGACGGAAUAUAAAAACGAACUCAUAAUGAUGUUGGGAAGCACGAUGAACAGAUACCACGCAGAGGAAAACGAGUUCAACCCGGAUAAGGAAAAAGUUAAGACCUUUUGUCACAUGAUCCCCAAUCCAGUGCGCUACGAUUGUUACACGUUCCCCGAAGCCGCAGAGGGAAUAGAAAAACUCAUAUGCGAUUAUAUAAACCAGUCAAUAAAGUCGUUGUUGAAGCUAAGCCACGAUCUGUAUAACACACUGACGACAGAAGAUGUGAACCUAAUCAACAUCGAUAUUCCCAGAGCUACGCCCCUGGUCAGGUACAUACUGGACCUGAGAAAAAGCGUAUUCGACUUCGUUUUCGUUCUCACCUCACACAUGACGAUCACGGAGUCAAAGUUGGUACUGUCGAAGAGCUACGAGUACAUAAGUAGCGAAAAGGUGUAUAAAAUCGUAAGUUGGGUAGAAACCUGCCCCUGUGUUAGAAGGUAUGAGUCUGAAAACCCAAAUAGUAAAAAGGAUACAAAGUACAGGCCACUAGAGUUCGACGAUUGCCAGAACCAUAAUCGCAAAGUACACCAAAUGAUCGACAACCAAGGAAACUACCUGUGUCUAUGCUUGGUUAUGAAGUAUAGGAUGUACCCGUGCAUUUACAAGUGCAUCUGUUAUUUUAGAGACAUCGUUAUCGAUAUCUUGAGCACGAUGUGCAGAAGGUACGACAACCGCACAGGGUCCGAUACGUACAACCUGAAUGUCUCGAAGUUGUUGAUGUUUGCCAUUGACAUAUCAGAGAAGAUUGAAACUAAAAUUGAGCAAAGGUUUCUGUCCAUCUUUAGUGAAAUUAAAGGAUCAAACGACUGCCUGUGCCAAUCGCCGGACGAUAGAUACUACUACUACUUCAUUAACAUCGCAGAGUACAUUUCACUGCUGCUGGAGAACCUGUUCGAAUUCAAUAACGAAAAGGUGGAGUUUGCAGCUCAAUAUUUGGCGAGCCUAAAAGCAGAGAUGGACUCAAUGGAUUGCAUGAAUAGCAAGAAUAAGAAAAUAGAACCAAGUCCGAAGGCGGAGGAAAUAAAAACAGGAGACAUUUGUAAUGGAGUCGGUGAUUCUAAGCUCUGUUGUGUUAUAUUCGUCAACAUUGUGUCGAUGUGUUUAUACAACUGCAUAAUAUCAAGAAUAUACAAUUACUUUCCAACCACGAACGAAGAAAAACAGAAGAACAAGAAAGAUAAAAUGGCUAAAUGUACUUGUGUUGAUACACUGAAGAAAUUUGAGAAAUAUGGAAAUUAUGCUGGACAAUGUAAAUGUGAAGAUAUUAAAAAAGAUAUACAGGGGCUUUUAGAUUGCCAGUCUACAACGUUUCCCGAAAACUUCAAGGAAGAAGUACGAAAGCUAUUAAAAUCUACCUGUGUUGGAAAUAAAUGUGAGUGUAAGGACAUGUGCGCCAAGUUGAAAAAGUCAUGUGAAUCAAUAAGUAACUGUAAAUUGCUUUCAAUAAGCCUUAACCUGCUUGAAAAAACAUAUAGAACACUGAUACCUAGCACUUUCAACGAUGGCCUGAUAAAGUGGAUGUGUAAAGAAAAUAAAAUCGAUAACAUAAAGAGUCUGUGUGAAAGUAACACGAAGUACCUGAAAAGGUUGGAAACGUCGACAAGGAACGCAAGGAUAGCAGAUCUGACGCACGCAAUGGCAGGAGGAUAUAAAAACAUGGAGGACGAACACUCAAUAAACCCGAAGUAUCACACGUACGAUGACCUGUAUAGACCAACGCCAUGUUACGGGCCGGGAUUCUACAAGUUCAUAAUAACGAGAGGGCUCGUGGUGUUUGCGCUGGCGAUUAUGUUCAUGUUCAUGAGGAUGAGGUUCGACAGUUACCUGGGCCUGGAUAUAACAGUAAGAGGAAAAGAGCCUCCAGAAGAGAUACACCCGCACCCGGACAUAGUGAAGUUCAGAGACUUCAUCAGCUCGAGGCUCAACGUGCACUCAAACGCAAGCACCGAUGAACAUGAGUACUCGCAAAGCGACGUGGACGAAACGAGCGUAGACGAGCAGUACACGGCCGACUACGAAAUGUUAGGCCUGAAUCAAAAACUGAGCAUAAUAGACAGGCGCCAAGAGUUCAGAGAGAGUGCGAAGUAUCUGAAUGAAUCGGACGGGUCAUACGUGGAAGGGCAGGGGAAAAACACGCUUAUCAGGAACAACUUCAGCUUCUACAUCAUGGUGGUGGUAUUCUCGGUCCUGUCGGCAUACUACAUGAACAUGGUGGUGAGAGACCUGUUCGUCUCGAUAAACGUGGAGUACCAAGUGUGGUCGUACCUGAUCAACAUAGCGAUCAUGGUGGGCAUGCUAUUCACAGUUAUCGUCAAGUACUGCAUCCACCUCUACGACUUCAUCUACGUCCUGGAAAAGUACAGCGUCAAGCUCUCGAGAAUAGAGCACUUCGUGGAGGACACGAUGGGAGGAGUGACGGGGACGCUCGCGCACACGUCGAAGUUCGUCAUGAUCUACGGACUGCUUAAGUCGAUGAAGACGGACUUCGCGGCGAUGUUUAACAUGAAGGUGCCGCUGAGGACGAUGAGCACGUACAAUAAAAUGAAGGACCACCUGUACCCCUACAAGGACAUGAGCAGGACGGUGCACAAGGUGGCGACCUCGUACAACGACAACAUGGAAGUCCUGACGGAGCUGAAGAAAAACGUGCUGAAGACGCUGGGAACGCCACGAGAGUCGCUGGACCUGACGAGCGUGCUGGACUUUCUGUCGUACGUGCUUCUGAGCAAGGCGGAGUCGAACUACGACCACUACCAGUCGUAUUUUAGAGGAGACGAGAGGUACAUCGCAUGGAGGCUGGGGAAGCCGAUCAACCACAACUUCUUCCUGAUCACCUACUAUCGAUACAACACGAUCUACGAGAUACAGAGGCACGUCCGCAACAUGAAGAUGCCAGGGAGGCCGAAGGUGCUGCAGAACUUCCAAAUGUUCUGGCACCUCUUCGGAGAUAUGGAGAUAGACCUGAUCACGCUGAAGAGCAUGAACCACGAGACGGUGCAGGUGCCAAUGACGGACUCGCAGAGAAACAUCAUCAAGGCGAAGUUCAUGGACGAGUACCUCAACGAGUUCCUGAAGUUCCAGAAUGACGCUGAAAGCGUCCGUUCGACACAUAGCAGCGCAAGCAAUGCGGGUAGCGUCCGUUCAACGCGCAGCACAGUAACGGAUGCUGGCACGAUUCACUCUGAAGGCAAGGAGUACAAGGUAGAACUGGUUCAUGUACCGACAAAUCGGAAUCAACACCUGGAAACUGACACCGACACCGCUAGCGAGGCUGGGAGUGUCCGUUCAAAGCGUAGCGUUGCCAGUGACGCAGAGAGCGUUCGUUCAUCACAUAGCACAGUCACGGAUGCAGGCUCUAUUCACUCGGAAGGCAAGGAGUAUAAGGUUGAAAUGGUCCAUGUGAAGACGAAGCGCGGGGAACACCUGGAAACUGACACCGACACCGCUAGCGAGGCUGGGAGUGUCCGUUCAAAGCGUAGCGUUGCCAGUGACGCAGAGAGCGUUCGUUCAUCACAUAGCACAGUCACGGAUGCAGGCUCUAUUCACUCGGAAGGCAAGGAGUACAAGGUAGAACUGGUCCAUGUGAAGACGAAGCGCGGGGAACACCUGGAAACUGACACUGAAGCGCCUAGUGAAGCGGCAGUUGAACCGGUCAGUGAAGCGGAAAGCAUUCUCUCGAUAGCCAGCAAGUACGAUCUUAAGGUGGUCGAGGUUAACAGGAAACACCAAAAGAAGGAGUACGAAUAUGAGUCCUCGACGGAAUAUAGCUCUUCGGAUGAACCGCAAACAGACCAGGAGCAAGUGGCGCGAGUGUUAGAAGAAAAAACGGAGGAGGUCGAAGGAGACCACUACGAAAAAGGUCACCCGUACACCAAGUACACAGACCUGCUGGGAGACCUGGAGUACUACUUCCCGUACGCGCACCUGCUAAACAGGAAGCUGGAAGCAGAUGUGCUGACGAAACUGACGAACAAGUACUUCGAAAGCAACUACAGCAGAAUGUUGAACGUUGUCCUGGUACCGACGAGCAUGUGCGACGUGAAGGGCACGGACAGCAGAGUGAUGAACAGAGUGCUGACCUACAUCGAGCACUGGCUCAUGUGGAGGCACGAGUACUGCAUCUCGACGAGCACCACCGAGGAGGAGGAGGACAUCACGAGCACGAGCAUCAUCGCGUGCGAAAACGCAAUCAAGUUCGCACACGACCUGGUGGCGAACCUGUUUAAAAAGGAGGGGCACAUCUGGGACCUGGUCUGGGACCUGGUGGAGAACAUCAACCUCGAAAACAUCGACAUGACGGAGGGAGUGCUCAUGAAGGAGGAACUGAUACAGGAAAACCACACGCUGAGGGACUACAGAGAGACGCUGAGCACGUUCAAGCCUGCGGGCUCGGUCUACGACAAGUACGAGACGACGGUCCUGCACUACCUGAACCAGUUCGUGCUCUCGUCGAUGGUUAACAAGGACAAAAUAGUGCUGCCGCUGGGCAUAUUCCUGUCCUGGUACGGAAUACCGCUCUGCGACAGCCACAUCAAGUAUAUGCACAAGUUCAAGUACUUCAUAUGA